UGUUGACGCGUAUACCGCAAACGAACUGUAAAUGUAAAUACUGUAAAUGUAAUUGUUUGACAACGUGUCGCUCGUGUGAACAGAACUUCUAAACGGAUUAAUAAUUCAUACAACUUUUUUUUGAUUGAAAAGUGAUGGAUAAGCGCAAGGAAUGAGAGAUUUAUAGUAUGACAUAAAUGCCUUUGAUGGCAACGAGCUAAAGGCGGAAAGUUCAAAGCGUCAAAAUGAACAAAAGUGAUGAUUUGAAUGGUAAAAGCCACGACAAGGAUAGCAGUGAAAAUAACGGAAAUAAGGGAAUUAAGGAUUUUAAGUGUGAUUGAAUGUGAAGUGCUGCAAAGCAGUAAAUAAGAAGAAUAUGGAAAUGAAAUAAUAAAAAUAGGAAAUAUUUAUGCAAUUAUUCUGCGUUUGUGUAAGUGUGAAGUGCCACUGGCAAUAAAUCCGUCUAAGAUUAAUAUAAAAAAGUUAUUUAAGUGGCUUGGUGAAAAAUGUUUGAAACACAUUUACUGGCUGUUGAAACUGUGUGAAAGGCGUAUCUAUGUGGAUUUGGAAAUCUUAAAGGCGGAAAGACAAAAUGCAAUAGAGCACUAAAAAAAAAAAAAUGAGAAAAUGUGAAAAAGAUUACCAAAAUGCGCUUAAAGAUGUGACCACAAAAUAUUUUGCCAGUAAUAAAGUUAUGCAGCAAGAUGUAGUUGUAUUAGAGCCAAAAGUAUGGCAUAUAGCUAACAUCUAAAAAGUCUGAUCUUCAAAAAAUGUUUGCCAGCAGAAAAACUUCAACAAAUUUCUGUGUCCUCACCACCUCUUAAAUGCACGCUAAUAAGCCCAAAAAAUGCGUUUUCCAUUGCGACGCAACGCGAAUGUCCUAGACACGCUUCUAUCCGAGUCCUUACACAUUUUGGUGGUGUUCAGCAUAAUGGGUUGGCCAUUUAGUGGCAUGCAACAGUGUGAAACCAAGGGGAUGAAUGCGGGAAGUAUACAACAACAUAACACACAACAACAUCUUGAACCACACCUGCGUCAACAAUACCACCAACAAAAUAAACAAAACCAACCAUACCAACAAUUUCACAAAGCGACUACGCAUAAAAUGCGCUACACGCAAACUGUAGCAAUGCCAGCUGUAGAAGCAGGACCCCUGUCAGGAUUAACAUUCCGACAUAGUGAAAUAGUAGCAGCAGUGCCAGCAAUAUACACAUCAAAAGCAUCCUCGUCAAUGUCGUCAUCAUUAGGCACGCAUGACAUGCACUCGCCCUUACAGAUAAUUCCAAAAGAUUAUCAACAUAAAAGUUCGCCCACGAGUACUGCUAGAGGCAACGUGCCGUAUACGCAACCAAUCGCAACGACCACUUUGUCAGCAGCUAACGAAGGCACUGCCCAUUCCAGCGUCAGUGUUACUGAUCUGAGCAAUAAAAAUGUUAAUGGUGUUAGUGCCCAGCCUGCGGAUAUCGGGCCACUCUCCGCGCUGGCCUCCCCACUCGCCCUGCUAGCGCUGCAUCGAGUUUCAAAGGACACGCAACACAGCAGCGCUUACGCAGAGCUUCCGCCUACCAGUAGCUCGAAUGAUUCGCUGGAAAUGGAUAAUAGGGAUUACGUCAUGGCAGAACAUAUUGCUUUGCUGACGCAUACGACAGACAACGGUACAGGCAUGGUUGCGAGUGCGAGUCCGACGCCGAAGGCGAAAACGAAUACGUACCCAAAUGUUAACAAUAGUAGCAACACUAACAACAGCAUAAAUAUCAACGCUUAUAAUAGCAGUAGUAAUAAUCAAACACAGAACGAAUUUAUGUCCUUAUCGUUACUAAGCAUGACCGACCAUAAUAUGGAAAAAUCGGCCGUGCCACAGAAAGUGUUGACGGAUUCGUCCUUGACAUCUUCGAGCUCAGGCUCGGCUUCAUUGGCAGCGUUGUCAGCAUUAUCAUCCUCGUCAUCGUCAUCAUCUAUAUCAUCAGCAGCCGCACCAGUAUCAUCAGCAGCAGAGUCGGCGUCACUAACAGCAGCCGAUUUAUCUGACUCUUUCGCCAGUAGUGCCACGGCCGCAAGCAAGCCAAAUCGCAAAUCGACGCAUGAUCGAACUGCCGCAUUCGACGCAGGGAAUUCCGCUUUGAAUAACAUAGCUAACAACAACUACAUGCAGCAUCUCGGUUCACAGCGCAUCAUUUUGAAAACGACAGCGAAAACAAAAACCACCUUAGCCACAGAGCAGCAACGAAACUCGGCACAGUACAAUGCAAAGUCACAAGCGUCUGCCGCAACAACAGCCUCAGCCACCACCGGUGCUGGUCCCACAAUAGCAGACUCUUCAGUAUGGCAACGCGGCUCUGGCAAGAAAGUGGAAAACAAAUACGUACUACCCAAACCACAAAAGACCGAUGCGCCAAUGCUUAACUACAUUUUCGAUACAUUCUCAUCCGCGAAUAAACACCAUCAUCAUGAUCAGCGAUAUGGACCCCACUUUGAGGAUGUGCAACGCGUGGGACAGCCAACAAACAUGACGGUGCAGGCGGGUAGCAGCAUACAUUUGAAUUGCAGAAUAUCACUGCUGCAAGAUAAGACUGUGUCCUGGGUGCGUCGCAAUGCACAGGGCGAGAAUGCGCUGGAUCUAUUGACGGUCGGACUGCAUACCUAUACCGGCGACAAACGCUAUAAAAUGGAGUUUCAAUAUCCGAAUAAUUGGCGUCUGAAAAUCACGAACGUGAAAAAGGACGAUGAAGCUAUGUAUGAGUGCCAGAUAUCGACACAUCCGCCACGAGUGAUACAAAUUAAUCUCUUCGUCAAUGCACCCAAAGUGAUGAUUGUUGACGAGUUCGGUGAUCCGCUACAGGAAAAAUAUUAUGAAAUCGAUUCGACGUUGCAGCUGUCAUGUGUGGUCCGCAAUGUCGCCAUGACCACAUCGGUUGUGUUCUGGAAGCACGGCGAUGAUGUACUCAACUAUGAUGUGACCCGCGGCGGUAUCAGCGUUAAAACGGAGCUGAUGGACGAUGGUGCCAAUUCAACGUUAUCCAUAGCGAAAAUCAACAAGUCCGACUCUGGCAACUAUACGUGCGCAAUUAGUGAUUUCCAAAACUUCAGCAUAGUCGUACACAUACUGAAUGGUGAGAGUUUCGCCGAAUUACAUCACGGCGCUGCAGCACCCACGGUUCCUAAGUCAUUCCACCAGCAGUUGGUGCUUCACGGCGCGAUACUUAGUUCACUGCUGCUGCUGCUGCAACUACUCUAUGCACCGCAUGAACCGUGCAUUCUGGUACACAGGUAAAAGUUGCUUUAUAAUUAGAUAGCCAACAGCGAAGGCUAAUAUAGUCCGCCGCUAAUGGAUUGGCGGAAGUGCCAACUAUCAAGGAGAAAUUAUACCAACACAGCACAGCGUUGUUGAAUUAUAGUAGAAUUUUUAUGAUUUGUCUAAUUAAGUAUUUAUGUAAUAAAUUAAAUGUGACAAUUAAUUGAAGUGAUUAGUUAACGUUGAAUGCAAAAUAUUAUCUCUUAUAGAAAGGGGCAGAAGCAAAGCAGAAUAAAAUGUUGGAAUCAUUAAAAAAUGUAUACAAAGGUUAAAUAAUGGUUUGUUGGAUUGAAUUUAUUUAUAUUAAACAAUUAGAAUUGUAUGUAUGUGUAAGUGAAAGUGAAACCACGAAAAUCCAAUUUUUUACAAAUACCAACGCUACUUGCAUACACAUGUGCAAUAUAUGCAUAUAUGUACAUAUAAAACUAAACCACUAAUAAACGAAAAAAAUUAAAAAAAAGGUAAAAACACACAAACUAGCAAAUCGUCGAUGGAAAGUUGCGAUAAAAGUCAUAUUAAAAUCAAAAAGCCAUUGAAUGGUGCAUCAAAUCCCCAUUGGAACCAAACAAUUUAAGUUGUUGCACACAGUUCACCGUAUGAGUAUGUGCCACACAAUACUUUUGCAAUUUAUGGGCCCAAAGGGAAUUAAUGCAAAUAAUCGUCGUAUUGUUGUGGUGAAAAAAGCCAAGUGUUGCCACAAAAAAUAUGGCACAACUAAAACAAAACUAAAAACUAAGUAAAUAAAUAACAUUCACAAUUCAUAUGAUAUGUAAAAUAAUUGAGUAAACAGCGAAUCGGUGAUGUUAUUGUGCGCUAAAUACUAAAGCAAAUGUGGUUUAAAUGAUAAAGUAAAUUUAUUGUAAUUGUUGAAUAAUAAUAUUUAAGCAGUUGUUGUUUGCCUACAAAAGUACUCAACAAUAAACUAAAUAU